GAGAAAAUGCCAGCAAAGAAGACACAGCGGAGAAAGCCAGAAGCCGACUGGCCGGGCACCGCUGAUGAGAGUGUCGAUAUUCCGGAGAAUCCGGACACACCGCCGGGUGAGGACAAGGCCGCCAGUCAGCGGAAAAAGAGGGUCCGGGUGUCGAAAAGAGAAAUCCCGGACUACCGCUGGACUGAAGAGGCCGAGCUGAAGUUGGCCGAGAUGGUGAAGGAGAACCCGCUGCUGUACGACAGGAAGGAGAAGGACUGGCAAAACGUGGCGGCCAAGAGCAGCCGGUGGGACCGAGUGGGAGAGCAGCUGGAGCCUCCGGCCACCGGCCCCCAGUGCAAGAAGCAUUACGACAACAUGAGGACCAGGGUGGGGAAGAUUCUGAAGAAGAGUAGGGCUGGCCGGCCACAGAGGAGCCUCCGUGACCACCAGAUCAUGGAGACCUGGAGCUUCCUCCAGCAGCACAUCGUGCGGGGAGAAACGGUCCACAGUGAGCAGUUUCCUGUCUCGGAGGAUGAUGAAGUGAGGUCCACAGGUUCCCACAGCCCGACAUCUACAGCCACAGGAAAGGGCAAGAGGAAGCGCUCCAGGACAUCAACAACUGCCGAGGUGCCCCUGAGCGACCUGAGUGAUGCACUGAGGAUGAUCCUCGCCAGAGCAGACUCCUUGGGGGCCAGCCACUCCUGCACCGCUCCUACACCGCUCCUGCAUCAGAAGAUAGUGCACGAUUUUUCAUGCCUGCUGGAAGGACACAUGCAGGACAUCCCGGAGGAGUCCUGGCAUGAAUUCCAAAUAGACUGCCUGAACCUCGUCCACCGCUACAAGCAGCAGCGUCAGCUCUUCCAGCAGCCACAGCGACGCGCACGAUCCAUGCGGGGCAGGCCCGGGCCCAGGUGUCCUCAGGCCCAGCAGCUCCUCGGCACGAGCCGUGGUGCAGUCGGAGCGUCACGGCAGGUUGAACAGAGACUCCACCAGCGUUGAAGACAUUGAGCAGGGUGUUCAGCUGCUGUUAUCACCAGAAGAGCUUUCAGUGUCGGUGGUGUUUCAGUCUAGUGCAGGGGUCUGCAACCUUUAUGACCAAAACAGCCAUUUCUUUUUAAUUUCAGCCAAGCCAAGUUGUUCUGGAGCCCCAAAACACAUUUAACCUUUAAAAUGAGGCCAAUGCAGCUCAGGAAGUUUCAUAUGUAGUUUUGAUAAACAUACAAAAACUGUUUCUUAUGAUGUAUCUAUGGAGUUAGGGUUCAGAACAGUGAACAUUUUCUUAGUUUAACCUGUUUUUGUACUUGAUUUUAACAGUUUGGCUCCUCUUUUCAAGUAUUUUUUGCUGAUAAUUUUGAAAUCUUAGUUGUUUUAACCAUUUUACCUCCUUUUAAGCAGCUUUGCAUGCUUUUUUCCCCAACCAUAUUUAUAUUCUUCUUUUAGAAAUUCUUGACAUUUCACUUUUUUUAAGCCAUUCUAUUAUGUUUUUCCCCAUUUCUUGUGGUUUUAGCUAUUUUUCUUAAUUUUACUAGUACCUUCUUUUGAAUCCCUUCUGAACCAAGAGUGACAAAUCAUUUUGAACAGUA